CGCCUGGCUGGGAGCAUAAAAGAGCGCCCGCUCUGGCUUGAGGCUCCAGAAAGGGAAAAAAUCCAGCUUUCAAAGGCCAUCCUUGAAGCAAAAUUGCUGCUGAAUUGCUUUCCUGUCUUGGAGAAUAACGCCACUUUUGCAAGGCCCGCUCCCAUGUGGCUGCUGGACAAAGUCCGCUCCUCUUCGGAGGACGGGACCCCCCCCUCGGCCUCUCUGUCCACGUCUCUGUCCGGCCAGGCCGCCCCGUUUGCCAACAUCCUGACCCCGGACCGCAUCCCGGAGUUCUGCAUCCCCCCGCGCCUGGCGCCCGUCUCCCCGCCCUCGAGGAGCCCCGGCUCGGGUUUCGUGCCCCACCGGUGCCUCACCGAGACCGGCCUGCAGGCCAAGGAGCCCUUCCUGCCGCACCUGAUCCAGGUGGAAAGCGUCGAGGAGGAAGAGGAGGAAGAGGAGGACGGGACCAAUUCGGACCCCCGCUCGCAGGCCGCGCUGUCUUUGCCCCAUUUCCAAAAGGCACAGACGUCGUACGGGUUUUGCACCUUGUUGGAGAGUCCGCACACACGGCGGAAGGAGUCCAUCUUCCAUCGCGAAGGACUUGACCUUGGCCUGAGUCUGCCACGAUCGCGGUCGAGUAGUUACAGCGGCCGAGAACUGACCGUUCCCACCCAGACAACUGGGCCGCGGUUUGGUAGUUAUAGUGGCAGAGAACUGACCGUUCCUAUCCACACAACCGGACCUAUUGCCGUCCGGUCACUUCAAGAACUGACCAUUCCCACCCAUACAACUGGAUUGCGGUCUGGUAGUUAUAGCGGCCGAGAACUGACUGUUCCGAUCCCGACAACCGGACCUAUCGCCGUCCAUUCGCUUCAACGGCAGAGUCAGUGCGUAUGGGACAGCGACACGACCGUUUCGUCCACCGACUCGUCCCCGAUUGGCUCCCCCCGUUUGGGACAACGUUGGGGGUCGCUCUUCAAAGCGUUGAGCCACGACGGAUUGCUCAAAUCCAAAAGCAACGGCGUCCGAACUGGCCGAACCGGGUCCUUGUCCGCAGACGAAAGCGGCAGCUCCACGGACAGCAGCCCCAACGCGACGCGGCGCUCCUCGGAGAGCCUUUGCGAGCCUUCUCCUCGUUCGUACAGCGUCUCCGCGCUCCCCGUUUUCCCCAUUGAGUUGGAGAGGCUGAGCCGCGAGAGCGUGAUCCACAUCAGCCCGGCGGCCAUCGUCCGUCUGUCUUCGGACUACUGCCCGCACAACCGCCGCCUCCGCGUCCGGCUCAUCAGCGCCGAGGGUCUCUACCCGCCCUCGGCCGACCCCAAAGGCAUCCACUGCUGCGUCUCGUUCGCCCUGAUGCCGGGGAAGGCCCAGAAGCAGCGCAGCACCGGCAUCAAGCGCAGCCGCAACCCCAUCUUCAAGGAGGACUUCUUCUUCGUCGGCCUGGCCGAGGACGACCUCUACGACUUCGCACUGCGGAUAAAGGCCGUCAACAAGGGCAGCGGCGUCAAGAGGGACCUGGUCCUGGCCGAGAGCCGCGUGGCGCUCCACCUCCUCCUUGCCGCGUGAACUCGGCCCGGUUCUGUCUUCAUUGCAACCGGCCAGGCCUGGGCCAACUGCGGCCCUCCCGCCAGGUGUCCUGGACUCGGACUCCCGUAACGUGGGUAUGCAGAUGAUCCCUUGAUUGAAUUAAGUGUCCAAUUCCAUGAGGACAAAGACCUGGGCCAACUGCGGCCCUCCCUCCAGGGUUUUUGGUCUCAGACUCCCAUAACGUGGGUAUGCAGAUGAUCCCUUGAUUGAAUUAAGUGUUCAAUUAAGUGUCCAAUUCCACAAGGACAAAGACCUGGGCCAACUGCGGCCCUCCCGCCAGGUGUCCUGGACUCAGACUCCCAUAAUGUGGGUAUGCAGAUGAUCCCUUGAUUGAAUUAAGUGUUCAAUUAAGUGUCCAAUUCCACAAGGACAAAGACCUGGGCCAACUGCGGCCCUCCCGCCAGGUGUCCUGGACUCAGACUCCCAUAAUGUGGGUAUGCAGAUGAUCCCUUGAUUGAAUUAAGUGUUCAAUUAAGUGUCCAAUUCCACAAGGACAAAGACCUGGGCCAACUGCGGCCCUCCCGCCAGGUGUCCUGGACUCAGACUCCCAUAAUGUGGGUAUGCAGAUGAUCCCUUGAUUGAAUUAAGUGUUCAAUUAAGUGUCCAAUUCCACAAGGACAAAGACCUGGGCCAACUGCGGCCCUCCCGCCAGGUGUCCUGGACUCAGACUCCCAUAAUGUGGGUAUGCAGAUGAUCCCUUGAUUGAAUUAAGUGUUCAAUUAAGUGUCCAAUUCCACAAGGACAAAGACCUGGGCCAACUGCGGCCCUCCCGCCAGGUGUCCUGGACUCAGACUCCCAUAAUGUGGGUAUGCAGAUGAUCCCUUGAUUGAAUUAAGUGUUCAAUUAAGUGUCCAAUUCCACAAGGACAAAGACCUGGGCCAACUGCGGCCCUCCCGCCAGGUGUCCUGGACUCAGACUCCCAUAACGUGGGUAUGCAGAUGAUCCCUUGAUUGACUUUGCCCAUGUUAGGAAUUAUUUUUCAUUGCAACCGUACAGAUGUUAUUUAUUUUAUUAUUGUGUGUGUGUUGACUCCCUUUUUCUAUUUUAAUAAAUUGCAUUAUUUUAAAAAUAAAUUAUUUUUAAAGUUAAAAAUAAAGUGUCUGUGUCUUUUGGUUCAUAGGGUUUCCUAAAGCCAGGGUUUACUGAGAGGUGGUUUUAUCAAUUCCUUCCCCAGAUAUAUAGCUUACAGAACCAGAUACAAAUUGGUGGCCUCCCAUCCAAAUACCAACCAGGGCUGUAGAUGCAUCUGAUGGAAGUUUGCCAUACAAUGGGGCUGUUUGCAGCAAAAGAGCAGCUCAACCUGUUCCAGUUUAAAAUCAAACGAUCCCAUGCAUUUUGCAAAAACGAAAACAACUAGGUCUGAUAAAGCUUUGCGUGAACUACCAAAGAACACUGUGAACCUUCUAAGCUUUCCAAUGCAUUAAGGGACAGCAUUGUUUGAAACGUCCCCAGUCUCCACGUAGGAUGUGCAUUAUGAUGCACAUGAAACGUACAUUGCAAGGCAAGCAACGGCGCAAAGA